AUGAGCUCCAAGCCAGAAGGACCGAUUCACUUUGGACCUUUUGAGGUCACCACUCAGGUCUUCAUGACUACGCCACAUUCAUUUGCGCUGGUCAACAUCAAGCCCCUGAUUCCCGGCCACGUCCUCGUGGUACCGCACAAGCCCUACAAGCGGCUUACGGAUCUGUCACCGCCCGAGCUGACGGACUUGUUUUCCACGGUACAAAGGGUGCAGAGAAUGCUGGCGCGACACUACUUCACUUCACCUGCCUCAACCUCUGACGCGGAUCAAAAGAAGCAGUCUCGACAGCAGCAGCCCGCCCCAGCAGGCACCCCCGAAGCCGGCUCCUUCAACAUUGCCAUCCAGGACGGCACCGAAGCCGGCCAGACGGUGCCGCAUCUCCACGUGCACGUGAUACCGCGGAUCCGGGGCGCCACGGCCAAGCAGGGCGACGGCCCCGGAGACGCCAUCUACGAGCUCAUGGCCGCCGAGGCGGGCAACGUCGGCGGCGGCUUCUGGGACCGCUGGGCCGCCGAGGUCGGGAGGCCCGUCCCCGGGGGCAGGUUUGAUCGCAUCGAGGAUGCCGAGCGCCAGGCUCGGUCUCUGGCUGAGAUGGAGGACGAGGCCGAGGUGUUUAGGCGUGUCUUGGCCGAGCUGGAGGGGUGA